CCCCGGGAGCUCGCCCAGCCUUGCACAGCGCCCUCCUCCCCCGUGCGCCGUAACCCCCCUCCCUGCGCAUCGCUUGUACUCUCGCCACGCCGCCGCCCGCCACUGCAGCACCGAGGGGAGGAGGCGGAGGAGGAGGAGGACCGCAGCGUGGCCGCCGGGAGCCACUUUCCCGCCCCUCCUCUCGCCGCCGCCGACUCGCUCAAAGGAGUCACCACUACGCGCGUCGCAGGAGAGAGUGGCAGACCGAGGUGGCCCCGGGCUGCAAGCGGAGGGGUUGCUCGCACAGCACAGCGACGGCUGCAGUGCAGACACCGCUCAGGGCAGGGGGUCCCCGGCGGCUGGAACGGCUGAAUGCUAGACUGUGUACAUGGAGCUAUUCGGCUGUGGACACGGGAUACUUUUAUAUUUUAACUACUAUGAAUUGUGAUCUUCUAACUUGGUAUAAAAUGUCCUUUGGAGAGAGCAUGCUUUCAAUUCUUUGGACCAUACAUCCAGAAGUAGAACUGCUCUAUCAUGUGCCCUAUUCUGAACCCCGAGUAGAUGACGCUGUGGCAACUGAGCUGCUGAGCCCUCUCCGUGGACACUUCCCGGCUGCACCUUGCCCACCCGCAGAGAUAAAAUGGAAGACUCCUACAAGGACAGGACUUCACUGAUGAAGGGCGCCAAGGACAUUGCCAAAGAGGUGAAGAAGCAGACGGUGAAGAAGGUGAACCAGGCAGUGGACCGGGCCCAGGAUGAAUACACCCAGCGGUCCUACAGUCGGUUCCAGGAUGAAGAUGACGAUGACGACUACUACCCACCUGGAGAAACCUACAGUGGAGAGGCCAAUGAUGACGAAGGCUCAAGUGAGGCCACUGAGGGUCACGACGAGGAAGAUGAGAUCUAUGAAGGGGAGUACCAGGGCAUCCCCAGCACGAACCAAGGGAAGGACAGCAUCGUGUCCGUAGGACAGCCCAAAGGAGACGAGUACAAGGACCGCAGAGAGCUGGAGUCGGAGAGGCGGGCUGAUGAGGAAGAGCUCGCCCAGCAGUAUGAGCUGAUCAUCCAAGAGUGUGGCCACGGCCGUUUCCAGUGGGCCCUCUUCUUCGUCCUGGGCAUGGCUCUCAUGGCGGACGGCGUGGAGGUGUUUGUGGUGGGCUUCGUGUUACCUAGUGCGGAGACGGACCUCUGCAUACCGAAUUCAGGAUCCGGAUGGCUAGGCAGCAUAGUGUACCUCGGGAUGAUGGUGGGAGCGUUCUUCUGGGGAGGACUGGCAGACAAAGUGGGAAGGAAGCAGUCUCUUCUGCUUUGCAUGUCUGUCAACGGAUUCUUUGCCUUCCUUUCUUCAUUUGUCCAAGGUUACGGCUUCUUUCUCAUCUGUCGCUUGCUUUCUGGAUUCGGGAUUGGAGGCGCCAUUCCCACUGUAUUCUCCUACUUUGCUGAAGUCCUGGCCCGGGAGAAGCGGGGUGAGCACCUCAGUUGGCUCUGCAUGUUCUGGAUGAUUGGCGGCAUCUACGCUUCCGCCAUGGCCUGGGCCAUCAUUCCCCACUACGGGUGGAGCUUCAGCAUGGGCUCGGCCUACCAGUUCCAUAGCUGGCGCGUCUUCGUCAUCGUCUGUGCGCUCCCGUGCGUCUCCUCCGUGGUGGCCCUCACCUUCAUGCCAGAAAGCCCUCGGUUCUUGCUGGAGAUGGGAAAACACGACGAAGCCUGGAUGAUUCUGAAGCUAAUUCAUGAUACCAACAUGAGGGCCCGGGGCCAGCCUGAGAAGGUCUUCACGGUAAAUAAAAUCAAGACUCCCAAACAAAUUGAUGAGCUGAUUGAAAUUGAGAGCGACACGGGAACGUGGUACAGGAGGUGUUUUGUUCGGAUCCGCACCGAACUAUACGGGAUCUGGUUGACUUUUAUGAGAUGCUUCAACUACCCAGUCAGGGAGAACACCAUAAAGCUUACAAUUGUUUGGUUCACCCUGUCCUUUGGGUACUACGGAUUGUCUGUUUGGUUCCCUGACGUCAUCAAACAUCUCCAGUCCGACGAGUAUGCGCUGCUAACUAGGAAUGUGCAAAAGGAUAAAUAUGCCAACUUCAGCAUCAACUUCACCAUGGAGAACCAGAUCCACACUGGAAUGGAGUAUGACAACGGCAGAUUCCUUGGAGUCAAGUUCAAAUCGGUAACCUUCAAAGAUUCCGUGUUUAAGUCCUGCACCUUUGACGAUGUGACCUCGGUCAACACCUACUUCAAGAACUGCACGUUUAUUGAUACCCUUUUUGAGAAUACAGAUUUUGAGCCCUAUAAAUUCAUAGACAGUGAAUUUCAAAACUGCUCAUUUCUUCACAACAAGACAGGAUGCCAGAUUACUUUUGAUGAUGACUACAGUGCCUACUGGAUUUACUUUGUCAACUUUCUUGGGACAUUGGCAGUGUUACCAGGAAAUAUCGUGUCUGCUCUCCUGAUGGACAGAAUUGGGCGCUUAACGAUGCUAGGUGGGUCCAUGGUGCUCUCAGGGAUCAGCUGCUUCUUCCUGUGGUUUGGCACCAGCGAGUCCAUGAUGAUAGGUAUGCUGUGUUUGUACAAUGGACUGACCAUCUCAGCGUGGAAUUCUCUCGAUGUAGUCACGGUGGAACUGUACCCCACAGACCGCAGAGCAACGGGCUUUGGCUUCCUGAACGCACUCUGUAAAGCAGCGGCAGUCCUGGGAAACUUAAUUUUCGGCUCCUUGGUCAGCAUCACCAAAGCAAUCCCCAUCCUGCUGGCGUCCACCGUGCUCGUGUGUGGAGGACUCGUGGGGCUGCGCCUGCCCGACACACGAACCCAGGUUCUGAUGUGACUCGACAAAAGCCAUUCGCUUCUCCCACCAUGGGUGGGUCCUAUUGCCUGACUCAAGGCUUCAGAGUUUUUAUGUAUAGAACGGUGGCCAAAUACCAGAACACAAACUUUUGCUGUGACGUAUGAUGUAGUUGCGUGUUGUCUUCCCCCUCCAGUGUGAUUUGCAGGAUUCCCUGCCCCCCAUGCUUUGUUAUCUUUUCCUAACUGUGACGUUCCAGCUUCCCAGUGACCCAUGGAAGUGUUCCAAAAAUGUCCCAGUCGCCCAGGCUUUCUGAGGACUACAUUCACCAAGAAUCUAAAAAGCCUGUGCUGGUGUAAGAAAUAGACCCUGCUCCUGACGCUCUAUUAACAGGAAGUUUAAGUUGGCAUAAUUGAGUUUGUGCUGAGAAAAGGGAUUUCUUUUUCUUUCUUUUUUUUUUUUUCAUACAGAGUGAUAUUUCCUGUUUACUUAGAAAAAGGACAGCCAGCCACUCUUGCUGCUACAGCAGGGUAUUACAAGAAAAUUAAGUGACACCAAGCACUUCUGGGUGGGGGCUCUUUCAGGCAGGACUAUUAAGGUGAUUUUGCUAACAAGAAAAAUUUUAAAUCUGUCCCCAGUUGGCAACAAAACCCUACUUGAGCUGAAGGAGGCAGAUUUUACAUAUAAAUUAGUAAUAAGUUCACAACCAAAGCUAUUUGGAAAUGCAGAAGGGAACUUCUC